AACCUCACCUAUAAGCAAAACAAAAAUUCUAGACCCUUCCCUGGUGGGACCCACGUGACGAGGCUCCAUCCUAACCGUCCAUUCUUAAUCCUAAAAAGUAAAAAACAAAUGUAAAUGUAAAUAUAAAUAUAAAUACCAACGCUAGAAUUUUCAUUCCUUAGGGUGAUACUCCUUCUUUCUCUUUUUUGGUUGGGAUCUAGAGUCUUCACUUCUCGUUCUCUUUGUUGCUUUUCGCUUACUGAAACUAGGGUUUCGAUCAGUGAGGAAUUAACCAUGUUUGGAAGAGCACCAAAGAAGAGCGACAACACCAGGUACUAUGAAAUCCUUGGCGUCUCCAAGAACGCUUCGCCGGAUGAUUUGAAGAAGGCUUACAAAAAAGCCGCCAUUAAGAAUCAUCCCGACAAGGGUGGUGAUCCCGAGAAGUUUAAAGAGCUGGCUCAAGCUUAUGAGGUUCUGAGUGACCCUGAGAAGCGUGAAAUCUAUGAUCAAUACGGUGAAGAUGCUCUUAAGGAAGGAAUGGGUGGUGGUGGUGGCCAUGACCCGUUUGAUAUCUUUUCCUCUUUCUUUGGAGGGAGUCCGUUUGGAUCAGGUGGUAGUAGUCGAGGUCGGAGGCAGAGGCGUGGAGAAGAUGUGGUUCACCCUCUCAAGGUCUCUCUGGAGGAUCUUUACCUUGGGACAUCCAAGAAGCUCUCCCUGUCCAGAAAUAUCAUUUGCUCUAAGUGCAGUGGCAAGGGUUCUAAAUCUGGGGCUUCAAUGAAGUGUGCCGGCUGUCAAGGAACUGGUAUGAAGGUUUCCAUUAGACACCUUGGUCCGUCCAUGAUUCAGCAGAUGCAGCAUGCUUGCAAUGAAUGUAAGGGUACUGGAGAAACUAUUAGUGAUAGAGACCGCUGCCCACAGUGCAAGGGAGAGAAGGUUGUGCAAGAGAAGAAAGUUCUUGAGGUUAUUGUGGAGAAGGGAAUGCAGAAUGGGCAGAAGAUUACAUUCCCUGGUGAAGCUGAUGAGGCGCCAGACACAAUUACUGGGGAUAUCGUCUUUGUGCUUCAGCAGAAGGAACAUCCAAAAUUUAGAAGAAAGGCUGAAGACCUUUUUGUUGAGCACACACUGUCCCUCACUGAGGCUUUAUGUGGCUUCCAAUUUGUGCUGACUCACUUGGAUGGACGUCAACUUCUUAUCAAAUCAAACCCUGGGGAAGUUGUCAAGCCUGAUUCAUACAAGGCUAUUAAUGAUGAGGGAAUGCCAAUGUACCAGAGGUCAUUUAUGAAGGGAAAGCUUUAUAUUCACUUCACAGUGGAAUUCCCUGAUUUUCUAAAUCCUGAUCAGGUUAAGGCCUUGGAGGCUGUUCUGCCACCAAAACCUUCUUCACAGUUGACAGACAUGGAGCUGGAUGAGUGUGAGGAGACUACACUUCAUGAUGUCAAUAUGGAGGAGGAGACAAGGAGGAAGCAGCAAGCUCAGCAGGAGGCUUAUGAGGAGGAUGAUGAUAUGCCUGGUGGCGCACAGAGGGUACAGUGCGCCCAGCAGUAGUGACUUUUGCGGCGAAGUUAGAAUCAGAGUUGAUGAUGAUGAUGAUGAAUAUUAUGAUAAUGUUGAUGUUCCGUAACCAUAGUGUGGACUAAAGAUAAGUAGUGUUGGAUCGAAUGAAUAUGAAUUUAUGAGGAAGUAAACAAUGUUUGACUUGCAUUUUAUUGUCGAAGGGAUAAUUUCCAUUUUGACAUCCUAAAUACGACACUUAUAUAAGUUGGUUAAUUUUUUUGAAGUGUUUCUGUUUUUGCUUAUUGGAACUUUAUUGCCCUUGU